AUGGGGAAAAACAAACACAAUUACGAGAUUGAUGAUAAUAGACGCAUUAUGGAAUUAAAACUACCGAGAAAUUGCGGAAAAGUGUUUAAAGAUCAGGUGGCAUAUUUUGAAAAAGUAUUGGUAACCAACAAUGAGUUGCUAGAAUUGAGUACAAGUAUAAGGCAAUCUAAGACAAAGCGUAUACAAGACUUGGAGAAGACAUAUAAACAUCUUGUGCACAGAUUAGAAGAGAAGGAUAACCUUAUACGACGAUUAAAAGAGGAGAACAAAGAACACGUACAAGCAUUAGAGAAAUAUGAUCAUGUUGUUGCGCAGUUUACAGAUUUGAUGAAUCAAAAAUUAGAGCUGCUUGAACAUCUCAAAGGAAGGGUGAUUCAAUUUGAAAAAAUUUGCGAUGUUAGGUCAGCUUUGGAAUAUAUUUGGGCAAAGAUUCUUGCAGAGACUGACAAACCUUCCAAAACACUGGAACCUGUUGGCGUUGUAUUACAGUGGUUCUUUGAAAAGCACCAAGAACAUGUGCGGAAAACAUAUUGCAUGGGUAUAAGUCUGCUGUUGUGA